CAUCGCGCUAAUUGCUCUUACACAUCGCUCUUACAACAUCGCCUACAUCUGCUUUACACCGUCAUCAUAAUGGCUCCAGCACGUAACAGUCGUGCAAGACAAUCAUCUCUCGACCAAGGUGCUUACCCUGGCUUGCCCAGUCGCUGGGGUACCUCUCAGGCAGGCAGUGCCCGCCCGGUUGUCUUUGCACCCAACGUAACACCCACUACUUACGCUGAGGCGGACUCCCCCUCAGCCGAGGAUGCGCCGUCCUCGUCCGAUCCUUUCGAUCUUCCACCUGAGGGUGAGGAAGAAUUCGCUCCCAAACCGCGUCGACGCGUUCCGGCCAACAAGCGACCAUCGCUGGGGUACAUUCCGCGUCCGGCCAAUGCUUUUAUGCUCUUCCGGUCGGACUUUGUCCGCCGCAAGCAUCUGCCUGGUUCUAUCGAGACCAACCAUGGCACGCUUUCGAAGAUACUAGGCACGUAUUGGAAGAAUUUGCCGCCCACGCAAAGAGAUUUCUGGGAGAAGCAAGCAAAAAAGGUGAAGGCGGCCCACGAGCAAAAGUACCCGGGCUAUAAGUACCAGCCGAAGCACGACAAGGAGAAGAGGCAGGCGAAGGCCGCGGUUAAGAACAGCAAGAAGGAGUCGCCUGAGGACGAGGAGCGCGUCGAGCAGGUUGCGCAAUUCCUGCUCGCGGGCAAGACCGGCGACGACCUCGCACAGGCUAUCCGUAAGCUGGACCUCGACAUCGCGCGCCGCAAGACGCGUAGUCCAGAGGUCGCCGCUCCUGCGCCGGUUGCCUCGUCUUCGCAUUUCGUCGACCCGUUCGCGCUUCCCUUCUACGCUCAACGUCGUUCUUCCUCGGUGCCCCUGCAUGCGAUGGGCGCAAUGUUCUUCCACCAGCAGCAGUACCAGCCGCAGCCCAUCGCGCUGCCCCUUGCUCCCCCCAUGAGCCCAUGGGCGCAGGUGCCCCCGGACACUCGCUCUCCGUCGCCUGUCGGCACCAUUGCGCGCUCCCAGCGCUCCUACCUCGGCCAGCGGCGCGUGUCUAGUGCACAGCCGGUACCAUCGCGCCCGUGGUACCCGAGGGAGCCUUCGUAUGCGACUGUCGACCAGACAUCGAUGUUCUCGUACUACGAGCCGCUUCCUGAGGCGGACAUGUCGCUCUUCGAACCCGCGUUCGUGAACGGUGAUGGCGCGUUCUCCUUCCAGCAGUGUGCGCCGCAGGAGACUUAUAAUUAUGCCCCGUGCGAACAGCCGCCUCACCUUUCGCUCGACAUUGGCCCUCUGGCCGACAUUUCGCCUCUGACCGGUGCGAGGAAGUACUUUUCUGCUCAGUCGUCCGCACCCAGCCCCGCGUCCGCGUUCGGCUACGACAACGCGCUUCCGCCAACUUCGGGGCCGUCGUCUGCCUUCACCGGCUCGCCCUCGGGCUCCGACUAUGCGCUCCCCGCUGGCCACAUCCAGGGCGUGUAUGCGCCGCAGCCUGUGCACCUGCAGCUUCCCGAGUGGGCCCAGGAGGGUGUGCUCGUCGAGCAGGCGUGCGAUGCGCCGACCCCGGACCAGCAGCUCUACGUCGUGCAGGACCCGGCCUACCGCUCGCCCCCACGUCACUUUACCGAGCAGCAGUUGCUUGGCCCGGCGGACUCUUACGUCUCCCCCGAGCAGCGAUACGUCUCCCCUGAGCAGCAGUACAUCACGCCGGAGCAGCCCUUCGUGCAGGAUGGCGGCGCGCUCAACUUGCACCUGGAUGCGUACGGCGCCGCGGACGUCGUCGACUCGUACGUCCAGUACGAGCAGCAGGGCAUAUUCGCCGAGGCGUACGCUGGGGACGCGGCCUAUAGCUACCCCGCUGAGGCCGCGUUCUAGGCUUUACCACACCGCACCACCACCACUCGCUACAGUACCACGAUACCGAUCCGUUUUGCAUACCCGCCGAGGGGGGACCCACGGACUCCGCAUUGACACCACUUGAAUUAACGCAUCGCAUAGGUUUGCUCCGGAUUUUGGUUUAUCGUCGUCCUGAUGUAGCAUUAAACUCGACUGCUGUGUUCCGUGUUUCUGUUUUUUUUGGCUUCGAUACGUCUGUCUCAUUAUACUCAUCACCCGUGUAGCAUAGCCUGUACUUACUAUACUGAUCUUGGCUUAGUACCGUUAACGGCGCGCCGUUGCCUGUCUCAUUAUUACUGCUGUUAUUGUCGUGUCGGGUUUUCUAUAGUCUACAGGCUGUAUUGGCUGUUCUCUCUUGCGCAAUAAAACACUUAUUUCCCAAA